AAGGGCUUCCAGGCAGGGGGUCGUGCGCUAUUUAUUUAUUUAUUCUUUUCUUUCCGCUUUGUUGGACGAAGGAGAAAUACUGUGCCGCUUCCCAGGCUGUGCAUGAUCCAUCCGUCCAUGUUACUGCGGUUACAGGACAGCGGACAGCACCGAUUGUGAAAACAAACUCCUCUUGCUCUUAGUUACAGAUGAUAUGUAGCUAUGCACAUAUCUGUAUGCGUGUCCGUGUGAAAAGUGCGUGCGUGUGCGGAGGUGGGAUUCCUUCUAUAAUCUAGCCCCAGCGAAGUGGAAUUCCAGCCCGUAACAGACUGGAACGGGGCGGCAUGAAGGGCAUUGGCAGCAAGAGCUACGUUUCUUCAUUAUUCGUGUUCGUGACCGGGGACUGUGGUAUUGAAAGGGACUUCUGCAUGAUAUUAUGGGUCAAUUGAUCGCGUUAUCGCAAUGAUUUAAGGUGAGUUUUCCCGGGAAAAACAGCUCAUCUGGAGAAAGCAGCACACGCAGCUCUUGCGUGACCGUGAUAUUUUAUUUACAUUCGGUGGCUUUUCGUUAACAUAGUUACAUGUGCAGAGCGUGUGAAGGAUAUUGAGCUCGAUGGCUUCCUACCUUCUGAUACAUGCAGCUUAGAAGUGCACAGCCAGAAGAACUGAACGCUCUUUUUCUUUCCACAUUUUUGCACGUUGGAGCAGAACAGAAGGUCGCUUCAUACUCUUUGUUCAAUCAAAGGUGUGUAGAAGGAAGGACUGCCGCCUUGGAAAUACACUCUUGUGGAUUUUUACAAAUCGCCCCUUAACAUUUAUUUUUGGCCUCACUUGAUUCAAGGUGGAAUUAAGGUGCGGUUUCCAUGUGAACCCAGCGCAGGUAACGCGGACAAUCGUCUUUCCGCUGGAUUGUAAAACGUCCGUUUAUUGACUGCUGUUGUUCAAAAAUCGGCACAUCAUCAUCAUCAUGUCCUGUUUUUUCUGCAUUUAUGUCUAAUGUUUCGGCUACUCUGUGGAUUCAGUUCUGAGGCAACAGCUAUAUAUUGGGAGACUUACAGAAAAGACCUAUGUGAAGACACGACUGCACCUCACCAUUUGCUGCCAAUUUAGCGACGUUGUUUACAGGAAAACUCAGCUGAUACCAUGGAACGACUUGCCUUCUGUGUGCUUGUGUUUGGAAUGCUGAUCAAGGGGCAAAACUGCCCAGGCCGCUGCAUAUGCCAGAACAUUUCUCCUACACUCACUCUCCUCUGUGCCAAAACUGGACUCCUUUUUGUGCCACCUACAAUUGACCGCAAGACAGUAGAACUGCGACUGACAGACAACUUCAUCACCAUCAUACGUAGAAAAGACUUUGUUAAUAUGACCAGUCUGGUCCACCUCACCUUAUCUCGUAAUACUAUCAGUCAAAUCACCCCUCAUGCCUUUGUGGGCCUCCGUUCCCUGCGUGCCUUGCACAUGGACGGAAACCGCUUGAGUACCAUCAAGAGCGACCACUUUAAAGGGCUUGUCAACCUACGGCACCUCAUUCUUGGAAACAACCAAAUCCAUUCCGUGGCCCCCACUUCUUUUGAUGAAUUUGUUUCGACAAUUGAGGACUUGGACCUCUCAUACAACAACUUGAGAACUCUUCCAUGGGAGUCCAUUUCUAGGAUGACUAAUAUCAAUACUCUUACUCUGGACCACAAUCUUAUUGACUACAUAGAGGCUGGGACCUUCACCCUGCUUGCCAAGCUGGUACGUCUAGACAUGACCUCCAACCGGCUCCAGAAGCUACCCCCAGACAGCUUGUUCCAGCAUGCCCAGGUCUUGUCAGAUGCUAAGGGCUCAAACCCAUCCUCGCUGGCGGUAAGCUUUGGGGGAAACCCACUACACUGCAACUGUGAGUUACUGUGGCUCCGGCGACUUACAAGGGAGGAUGAUUUGGAAACAUGUGCCUCCCCAGAACAUCUUAUGGAUAAAUACUUCUGGUCAAUCCAGGAGGAGGAGUUUAUUUGUGAGCCUCCUUUGAUCACUAAACACCAGGCUACCAAAUCCUAUGUCAUGGAGGGUCAGGGAGUGACACUGAAAUGCAAAGCCUUGGGAGAUCCUGACCCUACAAUUCAUUGGCGCUUUCCUGAUGGUAAGCUGGUUCAUAACAGCUCCAGGACCAUCCUGUAUGAGAAUGGAACCCUUGACAUUCUCAUCACUACACUCAAAGAUAGUGGAGCCUUCAACUGUGUGGCUUCCAAUGCUGCAGGAAUUGCCACUGCUUCAGUGGAGAUCAACAUGGUCCCACUUCCACUCUUUGUCAACAACAGUGGCCACAUUAAAGCAGCAGACCCUGGCUUGUCUGACAUCACCACUUCUUCCAAGUCUGGUAGCAAUGACACAAAGAAUCAAGACAAGAGGGUGGUGGCAAUAGACCUUACCUCAUCCUCUGCUGUAAUUCGAUGGCCAUCAGAGCGCCACAUCCCUGGCAUCCGGAUGUACCAGAUCCAGUACAAUAGUAGCUCGGAUGACACCCUAGUGUACAGAAUGAUCCCCUCAACUAGCAAGACCUUUCUAGUGAAUGAUCUUGCUGCUGGCCGGGAAUAUGACUUGUGUGUUCUGGCAGUGUAUGAUGAUGGAAUAACUUCCUUGACAGCAACUAGAGUCGUGGGCUGUGUCCACUUCAGCACAUCCGCCGAAUCCAGCCAGUGCCGAUUCAUCCAUAGCCAGUUUCUGGGUGGUACCAUGAUAAUUAUCAUAGGAGGCAUUAUAGUCGCCUCUGUACUGGUAUUUAUUAUUAUUCUCAUGAUACGCUACAAAGCCUACAGCAGCCCUGAUGAUAGUAAGUCUAAGGUCAGCAAUAUGCACUCUCAGACAAAUGGAAACCAAGGAACCAUGCAACAUUCAACUUCCAAGCAACAUAAUGAAGAUGGUCCUCAUGAGGAACAUACAACUAAAGACGCUAAGGAGUCCAAAGCAGUGGUGCUGAAAGUGAAUUCUGAGAAUCACGAGACCCAGCAAGAUACUGCCGCCGUCUUGGAGGUAGAGUUACCCCUGCCAGUUCCUCAUACUUCUGACAACGUGAACCGGAGAAUGAGCUUGGAUGCACAACGCUCAGGCCCCUCUGAGGAUACUCAGACUGACAGCAGCCUCACAGGGUCCACUAUGUCACUCUGUCUGAUUGGACCCAAUGCAGGAAGCAAGGAGGCUCUCAGGCUGAAGGACAAGAAGGGUGCACUGGCUAACAUUGGCUUACUGCCUGGUGAGUUGGCACGAACUAGGCACCGGUUCUCCUUUGAUGGGGACUACUCUCUGUUUCAGAGCCACAGUUAUCCUCGCCGAGCAAGGACAAGGAGACACAUGUCCUCCAAUCAGAUCAAUGUGGACUCUUCUCCUUUAGCCAACCGCAGAGUAACAUUCAGCAGCACAGAGUGGAUGCUGGAGAGCACGGUCUGAAGACCUCUGUCUGACUUGUCCACUUCUCCUCCUGAGUACCUAGGGGAAACUGCAGACUAUACCCACACACUGCGCAGCGGUGCCUUAUUCAAACAUACUAAA